UUUUCUGUGACAUCACGCGGUCGAGGAGGAUUUAGACCGUGAUUCCUCGGCGACCCGCGAGAGUGUUACGACCAGCGUUGCAGACACUAUUCGCCAUGACUUCAGGAACGCGCGGGCGGCUGCGCGUGCAACGUGGCUGUCCCUAGGGUUCAUACAGCGAAUUUUGGCCCCAGCAUCCGUCGGACAGCCGCGCGGCGGCGCAUCUAUUAACACGAAAGCAUCGCGAGAGCGCACGACGCCGCUGCGCCGUAACACACAAAACACGCAGGCAGCCAUGGCGAACUUCUCGAAGACGACGCCCGGCAGCGGCGGCGACCUCGACAGCGAGUUCCACUCGCUGACCGAGUACCUCAUGACGACGCUCAAGGACCAGGAGUUGACCGUGCUCAUGAGCCAGAUGGCCCUGGCCUGCAAGGCCACGAGUAGAGCGUGCGCGAAAGCGGGGAUUGCCAAUCUCUUUGGGAUGGCCGGCGACCAGAACUCGAGCGGAGACGACCAGAAGAAGCUGGACGUCCUGUCGAACGACAUCUUCGUCAACGCUCUGCUGAAGAGCGGCUCGUGCUGCGUUUUGGUGAGCGAGGAGAACGAGGAGCCGAUCAUCGUGCCCGAGAAGGACGCGGGUCGCUUCUGCGUCUGCUUCGAUCCGUUGGACGGGUCGUCGAACAUCGACUGCAACGUGUCGACCGGUACGAUCUUCGCCGUCUACGAGAAGAAGACCCCCGGCAAACUCGGCAGUGUGGCGGACGUCCUCCGAGUCGGCUCAGACAUCGUCGCGGCCGGCUACUGCAUGUACGGCGCCGCGACGGAGUUGGUGCUGUGCUUCAAGGGCCAGUCGGUCCAGCGCUUCGCCUUGGACCCGUCGCUCGGCGAAUUCGUGCACACGCAUUCCAACGUGACGUUCCCCAGUGGCGGCGGCAAGAAAAUUUAUUCGUGCAACGAGGGCAACUUCCCGUACUGGGACCAGCCCAUCAAGGACGCCGUGACCGAGUUCAAGGCCAAGAAGUACGCGCUGCGGUAUGUCGGUUCCAUGGUCUCUGACGUGCACCGCACGAUCCUGUAUGGUGGCGUGUUUGUGUACCCCGCUGAUAGCAAAUCGCCGAAGGGCAAGCUCCGCGUUUUAUACGAGGGCUUCCCCAUGGCGUUGCUCGUGGAAUGCGCCGGCGGCAAGGCGUCGACGGGCAUGUUCAACGGGUCCGUGCAGCGCAUGUUGGAUCUGGAGCCGACGCACGUCCACGAGCGGUGCCCCGUGAUCCUCGGGUCGCCGCGCGACGUGGACUUCAUCCUCUCGAAGUACAACUAAAUGGGGCGCGUCGGCCGGCGCCCGUCGUAACUAUGACUAUGACUAGA